UGUUUUUGUUUCAUUUUCAUUUAUUUUGCAGUCUUUUUUUACACCAAGUGACAGAAGGUUUUUUUUUUAAGUUUUUUGCACAUCAAGUCCUAAAAGCGUAAGGUUAAAAUUCACUCUUCACAAGGAAUACAGUGGAGACGUCUGGCGAACAAAUAUUGAAGUUUGGCUGCUGACAUAAGGCUUGUUGAGCAAUCGGAACAAUUUCUGGAUUGUGUUUUAAAGUUUCCAUUAUUGAAUGCAGUUGUGCCCUCCAACAACCUUAUCAAGCAUUUUAGGAAAAUGGAGUUUGCGAUCCAACACACAUGGGACAGCAACCCUGUUGACCAUGACCCCAUCAGAAUCUCCUUCACUGACGGACAAUCUGGACUGAGAAUGGAAGUGUCUGGUCCAUUCUUCAAUGACCCAGAAUCUCCUGCAGGUGAACCCGGGAUUGCGUUCCCUGGACUCUGGAAUUACGAAGUUGUGGAGUCCUUCUUCCUUGACAGCACAAAGCAAAAUUACCUGGAGGUGGAACUUUGCCCACAUGGACAACACCUUAUACUGCUACUGUCUGGAGUCGGCAAUGCGUUUUAUCAACAACUGCCAAUCGCUUUUACUACCACAAAAUCAGGGGACAGAUGGACUGGUGAGGCUGUAAUCCCCUGGACAUACUUCCCUCCCAAUGUCGACAAGAUGAACUCCUAUGCUAUUCAUGGCUCCGGGGCGGCACGUACAUAUGAGGCUCUCUACCCCAUCCCCAAAGCCGACAUUGUGGAAGGCCAGCAGCCAAACUUCCAUCGCCUGGAGUAUUUCCAAAACUUCCGCUUGCAGAGCAUUAUGGGAGAAGAUUGGGUCCAGCCUGAAUCGACUCUGUGGAAAGGAAAGGCCUGAGCUAUUUAUGAAAUGCUGCCUUUCUGUUUUUCUUUUAUUAACACAAGGGAAGGGAAAUGCUUAACGAAAUCACCAAUAGGGCAGAACUGCAAACAAAAAUGUCUAACAGCAACCAAAGAGCAAUCAUAGUUUAUCAUUUAUUGAUGUAGAACAAUUUUGGAGAAAAACAUGCCAUCAGCUUGUCAAGACGUGUUGCACUUCACACACAUGUGUGCACGCCCCCAGACACAUUGCAUAAUAUUGGACAUCCUCAGCAUAAAUUGAGUGAGCAUAGUGUGACCUACGAUUUCCAUGAAUGUUAAUUUUGACAUCCAGCACCUGUAGCCAAAAUGUUUUGCUGUAUUAACAUACCGUGGAGCAAGUCCAAAUGAUUGUUUCUGCUGCUGUUUAGAGAAGACAUUAAUAUGAUCAUACACAGCUUACUUAUGUGUUAGCUCUGUAUUUCAAAAGUUUAAUAUAUUUUGAUUCACCUGUCAAAUAAUAUACGAGAUUAAUAUUUAGAAAAUUAAGAAAAUGGAAUAUGUUGAAUUAAAAUACUUCACUAUUAGGCACUCUUAUAUUUGCCAGAGCGAUUAGAUAAUUUGUCUAGUUUACCUCUUGCUUUUCCUUAAUCAAGUGUCACACAAGUGUAAGGUUUCAUAACUCUUUUUAUGAUAAAUAAAAUUACAGUGCAAUAUAUUGUGUAAUUUCUUUUUUUCCCCUUGUCAUUGUAUAGAUUUGUAUGAAUUUGUGAUAUUUAACCUUAAUAAAGAGAAAUAAAAGCUCA